AUGGGCGAGAAGCCCUACAAGUGUGAUCUCUGUCCUGCAGAGUUCAUCGAGAGCACGAAGCUGCGGUAUCACAAGCGAAAACACACUGGCGAGGAGCCCUAUAAGUGCGACCUCUGUCCUGCAGAGUUCACCGGCAGCACGAAAUUGCGGUGUCACAAGCAGACACAUAUUAGCGAGGAGCAAAAGAAAGCAGCGGUUGGCUUCACGUCAAGGACGAGCUCAGAGGCACCUGCGAUCACGCAUCUUCAGGUCUCUCCUCUUCAAGUGCACAGUUCGAGAUCGACCGGCCUCGGUGGCUCAGUCGGUAGCGUGUUCGCCUUCUGA